ACAAUGAUUUAAAUUAUGUGACGUUUACGAUAAUUAUUUGAUGGAUGGGAACACUGGUAACUAUGUAAUGAACAUUGUUAUGUUGCAGCACUGAAAUUGUGAAAAUGGUCAAGAAGAAAGUCUGACCAACGUGAUUCUAUAUAAUGCGUGUUCUACGGUAUACGCCCGCAAUAGUUGUUCAGAUUUGAUAGUGCGGCUACCAACGAUUACGACUUAACAUCUACGACGACUACUAUCAACGGUGACUAGGGAUGAUGAUGACGACUACGACUACGAUGAAGAGGUGGAUGAAGAUACAAUAGUAGCAGCCGACAAAGUAGGAAGAAUUGUUUAUAAAAAAAAAAAAAAAAAAAAAAAAAAGGGAGAUUAUAUUAUAAGUGUUAAGACGAAAUAACGUGGGAGAUAGAUGAUGAUGCAUCGAGGUAUAUCCGUUUAAUUUGAAGUUGAUGGAACUUAUGUGCGUAUAUAUAGUUUUGCGUCUUGAACAAUGCGAAACUGGUGGUUGUUUUGAGUUGAACAUUUUUCCCCAAAUAGAUAAUGGUCGUCGUCGUCGUCGUCAUCGUAGUGUGUCCGUGUACAUCGUUAACAAUCGGCUGAAUAGCCGUGCACAGGGGAUAAGUGUUUAAUUAAAAUUAUCCAUUGGGUAUAGUUAGGGAAAUAAAAGGGACACAAUGUACAAAUGCGCUUAGCUGUUGUUCGUGCUCGUGACGACGGAAUGCAAUGAGCUAUGUGGAAAUGCGAUUACCCGCUCUUUUACGUAGAGGACUACUACGGGUGUUGUGCUUCAACGAAUUGUAUCCAAGUAUUUUAACAAGGAUCGACCUUGUCCCGUUGUUCAAUUCAAUUUUAUUAUUUCAUUCUCGGCGUGUUUCUCGAAUCUACCGAUAAAAGUCGAUCAACGACUUUUAUGCCUAAGAGGAGGAGCAUCGUCCUCCUCUCCUUGUUAUUCUGCAACCUUCAACGCCUUGACGUGAUUUACCCGGUUUACCCGCCACACGACGGGUUAUGUUUCCCACUUUUAUAGGGAUCCUAGACAUACAAUCGUGGUGGGAGGUGCCAAGUAUAGCACACUUCUGUUCAUUAUUUAGAGCUGCCUUUAAUCUUCUAGACUUUGAUAUUGAGGAUUUGGAAGAAGCUUUGUUAACGGAUGGAGGUACAGAAGGUCGUUUAGUACAAGAAUUAAUAGUAAAAUUAUUAGAAGGUUGUUUACCUAACGAUACUCGCAAUGACAUCUCUACUUUUAAUUAUCAAAUGUUUCUUCGUAGAUUGUUCCGAAAAAAAUGUCAGGAAUAUAAAUGUGAAAAUCCAUUUAAUACAGAUGUAGACUUUGAAUUAUUGCCACUUCGUCAAAAGGUAGAAAUAUUACGUGCUCUUUGUGACUUCAGAUUAGACGCUGAAGACGUAGAGCAAUCUUUAAGUAAUCUGGACUCAGAUAGUCUGCGAGUUGAACCAUUGGGUCAUGAUCGUAAGAACUCUGCAUAUUGGUACUUCUACGGCACUCGAUUGUACAGGGAGGAUUAUAUCGAUACUACUGUUAGUACCUCAUUUAAACAGAGCAACAAAUCAAGAGAGAAAAAACGUAAAAAACGACGGAACAGAGUGGCGAAAAAGGAAGAGGAAGAGGAGGAGAAGGAGGAAGAUAAUAAUCUAAUAUAUAAAACAAAUAACGAAAGGGAAAGUGUAUGGCAGGUUGUUUGUUUUACUCAACAAGAUUGGAGUCGUUUGGUUGAAAAAUUUCGUGAUUCAGAAUACGAUACAGAGCGUAAGCUUUAUCGUACCUUAUCAGAAGAUUUUAUGCCUGAAAUACCAAAACUUUUUGAUUUGAAAGAGAAACAACAAAGGCGUAAACUUCUACAACAUAAUAAUUCAAGGGUACUUCGUAGUCACGAGCCUGCGACUCAAAUGGAAACAGUCAUGGUCAGAUCAAAGAUUAAAACGAAGAAUAGUAAAGGAGCUAAGAGAAGUUCACAGAGUGCUAAGAAUGUUUAUGUUAAAGAUAAAAGUUCACCACCUUUAAGUGUACCACCUAUACAAAAGAAAGGUAGACAAACUAAUAAUUCAUUAGCAUCUGCAGUUGGUCAAAUUGUGAUACACACUAGAGAUGAAGUUGAAAAUUUGGAAAAGAAGAAAGGCAUUAGUAGUCAUGGUGAUAAUUAUGUUUCUUCUAAUUAUGGAUAUAAAUAUGGAUAUUCAUUUGGAAUCGAAGAGGAGGAACGUCGUGUAGGUAUGCAUAAAGUACUUGAAAGCUUAAAAGAUCAUGUGGACGCAUGGCCAUUCAUUGAUCCUGUGGAUGAAGAGUAUGCUCCUAGAUAUUAUAGCGUGGUACGAAGACCAAUGGAUCUUAGCACAAUGGAAGAAAAAUUGGAAGGUGGAUCUUAUAAAAGUUUAAGUCUAUUCAAACGUGAUUUUCGCCUUAUAGUAGACAAUUGCAGACAAUAUAAUGGUUCUGAUAAUGAAUAUACUGAAAUGGCAAUUAAUUUAAAAGAAGCAUUUGAUAAGGCAGUUAAUCGUUAUUUGGAAUCUGAAGCAUCGAGUGAUGAAGAUCUUUCAUCGACAAGAUCGGCAUCUAUGUCUCCUUCGUCUGUUUCUUAUCCUGUGACUACUACUUCACCUUCUACGAUGCAGCAUAAUGUAAAAAAGGGCAUAAAAAAGUCUACGACGAAAAAAUCGAAAUCUGUUAAAAGCGAAACAACUCGAGCAAAAUCAAAAAUUAUCGUGGAAGAUGAAGAAGAGAAACCAAGUAAAAAUUUAAAAUUUACCAAAAAAAAAAGAGGUAAAAGAAAAGCUAAGAAAAUAAAGACAGAAGAUAUAGUAGAAGAAGAGGGGGAGGAGGAGGAGGAGGAGGAGGAGGAGGAAGAGGAGGAAGGUGCAUUAUUAAAUACUAAUGUCGUCAAAUCAAAAGGUAAAAAACAACAUAUUAAUACAAACAAUGUUUUAUUAAAAACGAAAAAGCUGCCGCCUCCUAAAGAACCAGAAGAACUGAAACGUGCUGCUAAUAAAAAGAAUAAACAUCAGCAAAAAAAAGAUGUAGAGAUCAUUCGUUCUGGUAAGGAAGGGAAAAAACGAAAAGAAGAUUUUGAAGAAAGUUAUGAACCAUCUAUUAUUGCAAAAAGUAGAAGUAGAAAGAUAGAAAAGAAAGAACUUGAGAAUACAUUAAUAGCAGAAAAUGCAAAGAAGUGUAAAUUAAAACGAGUAGAAUCUCAAGAUAAUAAUACUACAGAUAAAUCUCUGCACGUAAAGGUAAAGAAAAAUCGUAAUAAAAAGGAUAAAGAGGAAACAAAAAUAAAUGUCAAAUCGGACGAGGAAUUCGAUGGUAAGACUAUAACGAAAGAAAAAGAAAAAGAAAAGGAAAAGGACAAAAAAUCAAAACAGAAGACUGAAGAAAAUGUAAACAAUGGCGAAUUAACAGAUCUUGUAGAUUCCAAAGAAGUAGAAAUAGAAACAAAUAUACAAAAGUCAAAACAAUUUGAUACUUGUAAGAAACUUGCUGCGUUAGUAAAUAAUAAAGAUUUGGAGUCACUUGAUAGUUUGAAAGAUAAGGUAAGUGAAAGACGUCGUGAGGAAAAAUUAAAACAUGAAAAGGAAAAGCAGAAAAAGAAAGAUAUUCAGAGUGCAUACUCUAAAAAAGUGCCUUCAAAUGGUAGUACAUUACAUGAUGGAGAUAAAGUCAAUUUAAAACGAUUGAAGUCUAAAAAGGGCGUAAAAGAUGAAAAGUUGGUUGCUAUAGGAGACUCAAAUAAGAGUCACAACCAUGAAGUAAGUGAUGGUAAGAAAACAAAAAAUUCACAAGUUAGACAUACCAAAGCAUUUGGUAAAGAAGAAAGUUCAGCAAUACAAGCCUUAAAUCAAGCAACAGAGCAAACGCUUAAUGAUAUAAACAAAUGGCUUGAUGAUGCACCUAGACUUUCGGAAUUUUCUUCUGGAAGUGAUUCACCAGUAUUUCAUUCCUCCAUUGAAUCGAACAAAUCAGGACCAAAGUUAGAAGCUCCAAGAAAACGACCAAGUUCAAUUAAAAUUUUUGGACCUCAUGGCCCAACUAGACCAAAAAAAAUACAACGUACUAUAGAUCGUUUACAACCUGGUAAAAGCAAGGGAAAUUUAUUAUUAAAGAAACCAUUAAAUUUAUCUUCUUCCAAUGUUAGUGAUAUACCUACUCAUCAAUCUACUAGUGAUAAUGUUAAACCUAGUACAGAUGUUAAAGAGGAACCAAAACUUAGUUUAGGAACUGUAUUGAAGAACGCUGAUUCAAUACAAUUAAUCUGUAAAGGUUUAGUCUCAUCACCAAAUCCUAAUUUUUCAAAUGACGAUGAAGAGGAUGAUCAUACUGCAGUAUCGGUAAAUUCAACAUCGAAUACUGUUGAAGAAAAAUUACCUGCUAACAAAGGGACAAUAUUACCAUUGACAACAGUGGAAGAAACCAAGGAUAAUAAUGUUUGUACAGAAGAAGUUCAAAAGCAAAAAUCUACAACGCCAAAUUUAAGUGCUUGGUUCAAAGCUUUUGGGGCACCAAAAUCAAAAAAGAAAGACGAAGAGGUAGAAGAAGGCGUGCCAAAGAAAGAUGGAGAAGUACAAGAAACGAUCUGCAAUAGACCUAGACGCAUGAGCACAGGUGGUAGCAGUUUAAGUGAAUCACUUUCUAGUUUUUCACAAGAAUCUCCACCGGGCCGCUAUUCUGGUCGAUCACCGCAAAAUCAACCUGUAGUGACUACAACUGAGACACAAAUACGAGGUGCUGGAUUUUAUCAGGAUGCUUUGUCGACUGGUAGUAGUCCUUAUAAUAGUCCCUAUUAUGCUACACCGCCGAGAUAUAGUGCCCAAUUACCUCCUACUCCAUCACCCCAAAAUCAUCCAUUGUCUCCAGCAUAUCCAUCUCCUGCGUCAUAUGAACAAACUCCAAUAUAUCCUCAGAUACCAUCCCAAACUCCUCAAGUAUAUCCAAAAACAUCAUCCCAAGAAAAUUCUAACGAAGCUUAUCGACAGCUGUCUCCUACAUUCUCUGCUCAAAAUAAUUUUCCACAAGGUUCAUCACAAAGUGAACCUUACCCACAACAAAUAUCGUCUACUAACCAAACUCAAUCCGCCGGGUAUUCUCAACACUCUCCACAACCAUUACAUCCAGUUUUUUCACAGCCUUCACCUCAAGCACCAUCUAAUUAUUCCCAACCAUCGCCUCAACAGUCAACUACGCCAAAAUAUUCUCAACCUUCUCCUCAACCAAGUUCAUCUAUCAAUUAUUCUCAAAACUCUCCACAAGCAACGUCUAACUUUUCACAUCCUUCGCCACAGCAACAACAUUCUCCGUAUUCUCAACCUUCUCCUCAGGCACCUUCGAAUUAUUCACGACCAUCUUCGCCUCAACAACAUUCUCCAUUUCCACAAUCUUCUCCACAACAAUCGACUGUAUAUUCUCGAGCUUCUCCUCAACCACCACCAGUAUAUUCACAGCAGCCUACACAAUCUCCACAUUUUUCACAGCCUUCGCCUCAAACACAUUCAAAUAAUUUCUCUCAACCAUCACCUCAACCACUCCCAGCAUAUUCACAAACAUCUCCAAAGCCACAAAACUUUUCACAAACAUCUCCACAACAAAUACAAACAUUCUCGCAACACUCUCCACAAACGCCACCUGCGUACUCUCAAUCUUCUCCACAAGCACAAGUCUCCUAUUCUCAACCUUCGCCACAAAACAAUUCCUAUUCUCAACCAUCUCCUCAACAACCACCACCUAAUUAUUCUCAACCUUCUCCUCAGCAACCACCACCAAAUUAUUCUCAACCUUCUCCUCAACAACCACCACCUACUUAUUCUCAACCAUCUCCUCAGCAACCACCACCUAAUUAUUCUCAACCAUCUCCUCAACAACCACCGCCUACUUAUUCUCAACCAUCUCCUCAACAACCACCGCCUAAUUAUUCUCAACCAUCUCCUCAACAACCACCGCCUAAUUAUUCUCAACCAUCCCCUCAAAAACCGCCUAAUUAUUCUCAGCCAUCUCCUCAACAACCACCACCUACAUAUUCUCAUCCAUUACAUUCACCCCAAACACCACCUAACUAUUCACAAUUGUCUCCACAGCAACAAGCAGCAGGAGUAAGUUAUCCUCAACCAUCUCCUCAACCAUCGCAUGUUUAUUCUCAACCUUCUCCUCAACAGAAAUCUGUAUGUACCUCUCAACAACAAUCUGCUACAUACUUACAAUCACCUCCACAACAAGCUACGAAUUAUGCGCAAUCUCAACCAAAAGCUCCUGAGGAUUAUACGUCAAACACGAUAGCAGCAUCUUCAAGUUAUUCACAAAACUUUAAGCAAACUCAUUCAUAUUUACAAUCUCCUACAUUGUCAGUGAAUGAAUCGGAAAGGAGACAAGAAUUUUUGAAGUCUAAUAAUAGUGAUAAAACUUCGCCUGAGGAACAACGCAAUUUUAUCGUUCAGCCAGAAUCGUCAAUGAAUUUGAAUACCAAUCAUCAAAUUUAUCAACCUACAAAUCAAUUUCCUUCAGCAUAUCCAAAUAAUUUUUCUAACAGUGAUAUGCAAAGAUCGAGUAGUAGACAUGGUAAUCAAGAACCACCACCAUCACAACAACAACAACAGCAGCAACAACAACAGCAACAACAGCAGCAACAACAACAACAACAACAACAACAAUCGCAACAGCAAUCACAGCAAACAUUGCAAGAACGACCAAAUUUUACUGAUCUUAGUGAUUCUGUAAAUGUUCAAAAAUAUACUCAACAAAGAACGUUCCUUAACAAAAAUGCAAGUACCGGAGAUCAAAUUCAAGCACAAGAUCAAUCACAGCUUUUAGCAUUUCAACAAAAUUUAACUGCACAUGAGUCACUUUAUCAAAGUGGAUUUCAACUUUCGGGAUAUCCUGUAACUAAUUCUAGACCAGUAUAUCACAGUCCACAUUAUUUUGAUGCUGGCUCGAAAGCUGCCAGUGGUGGAACUUCAAGCACAACAAGUGGCAAUCUUCCUCCUGUAAAAAAGCGUGUAUAUAAUGAAUCGUCAAAUGAAUCAUCGCGCGCUAUGCCACAAGAAUCUACUAUACGACCUGGGCAAGAACAAUUUAUUUAUGAUUCAAUGAUAGCACUUUCACAACCAGAAGCAGUUUCAGCUAGUCAAUUUGAGAGUGUAUUUGUUGGAACUUUAGCAGAUUCAGUUGCCACCAGUCCUGCAUAUGCACGAUUGGGUUUAGGUUUAGUAAGUCGUACUAAUAAAGAACAACAAUUAUUAACAAUUCCUAGACCACCACCAGCAAAACCAGAACAUUUGACUUAUGCACGUAGUCCUGUAUCGGGGACCGCUGAAUUGGAUUUGAAUCUCUUACAAAGUAUACAAAAUGCAGCAGCCAAAAAUUCAUCAGGAAUAUUGUCAAUGCCAAGAAGAGUGGGAGAAACAACAGCAGCACCUCCUGCACCGGUUACGACUAGGGCGAAGAAAAGUAAAAAGAGUAAACAGCAACAACAAGAACAACAAAAUGUCACUGCCUUAUCGUCUACAGUUAGUACAGAUCAACAAGCGAGCGGCAGUAUACCGAAUUUUUCUCAAUAUUCAGGCACUCCUGGAGACAUUGGCUUAAAAAAUACUUCGGUAAUACCGCCAAGUGGGAGUGCCUUCAAUUUUGCUGCACCAACCAGUACCGCCACAAGCAGUUCACCCUUUUACGAUAAGGAUGCAUCUGCUGCAGCAGCAGCAUUUGCGUUUUUAGAUGAAUUUCGUAACACGAAUUCUUAUUACAGUAUGGCGCUUAGACAACAACAGCAACAACAACAGCAGCAACAGCAAGUUGUACCAGUAACAGAUACUGUGCAAUCAUCUUGUAACAAACUUAGUAAUCAAACUCCAAGAAAUUAUGCACCUCAUCCAUUUCUUCAUUCUGCACAAAGAUCAGCUGCUUAUGGGCCCCACGUAUCUGCUUACGUUCCACCUCAUGGUCCAAAUCUAACAGUGGAUCCUGCCUAUCAACAAUAUCUUCAUUCCUUUUAUGCUCUACAACCACCACAUCAUCAUAGACCGUCCUGGCUUUAGCCAUUACAAUUGAUAUAAAGUAUAUUUUACACAUUACAUAAUAUUUCGGUGGACAUAUUGUUUUACAUAUAUAUAUAUAUAUAUAUAUAUUUUAAUUUAAAGACAAUGUUCUUCUUUAAAAUCGAAGUUCAUUAAUGUUUCAAAUAUGAAAGUAAUAUAAAAUUAUAAUAGUAAUGAGUAUAAACGAAUGACAAAUAUAAUAGUGUAAUUAUAAUUACAAUUAUUUUAGGCUUUUAUUA